CUUUCGAUAUAUUCUUUUCAAAGAUCUCGGCAAAAAAUGAAGGUGACAAUCGCAUUGAUUUUGUUGACGUUUGUGAUCUACGUGAGCGGCGGUCAGCCAUGUGGAUCUACGGAAUGCAGUGAUAACUAUUGCUGCAGUGGAGGAUCUUUCAGUCGACAUUGCCGCCCAUUAGCAGACGAAGGUAUGCCAUGUGAGCCGCCAAACAGAUUAAACGACUACAGAACAUCAUGUCCUUGCAAGGAAGGCAUGUUUUGCAGCGCAAUUGCAAGAUGCCAGAAAGAAUAAGCAUCAAUGAAAUACAGCUACUUCGAGAAUCUUGGAUAUUGAACGACAGCUACACGUUCCAUGAGCAGAUUCAAUAGUAAAAUUAAAAAAAAAAAAAAAUUAUUAAUAAAAC